AAAAUUUAAAGUGUGAACAAAAUCAAACAUACCCAUACAAACAAAUCUCGCGACAAACCAUUAACCGCUAUUCAUUGCAUGUGUAUUUUGUGUUAUGAUCAAGCGUCAAAACAGUAAAGAUUUCAAAAUGACAUAUACAUUGCGGCAUUAAAUAACAUUCAAGAUGUGGACAAGAAAACACGACGGUACUGUUCUUUGGAGCGAUGCUGCAAAAUUGAAGCUGGUGGGACUGAUGAAACGAAAUCCAGACACGGUAAAUGGUGAUCGUUCGGGUUCGAAAAAAUCCAAUGCAUGGAAUAAUGUCUACGACGGGUUGAUCAGAGCUGGAAUGCCAAGAACAUCAAUCGUACGCGUCAAAAAGUGUUGGUCAAGAAUUCAUUUGGCUGCAAAGGCAAAAUACACCGAACAACUCAGAAAAUACAAACGCGAUGGAAGAUUGGUACCACUUUCGCAGUUGAACCAAACAGUCAUCAAUCUCCUGAAUGAUAUAAAUUCCAACAGCAAUUUCUUUGUAAUGCCAAAGCCAAUCACAGUGAAACUCGAGCCGAUCGACACAUUGGAAGAAACCGCACCGCCAGCUCAACAGUCAAUGUACAAUUGCGACAUGAACCCCGUCGUUACAUUGGAAAGAAUUGAUGCAGAUGAUUACAAUGUCAAAACAGAUCCCACAACAGAAAAUACUCCAAAUGGUUUAUCUACCAAAUACUGGAAUCUAAUGGAGAAAAUCGCUGAAGAAAGGAUGGAAAGAGAACGUGAAAUUCACCAGAAGAAUAUGAUUUUGUUGGAUUUAAAGAUCAGAGUACAACAAAUGCAAAUAGAUGCGCUACAGGGCUGACCUGUUGAAUAAAAUACAUUUUACUAAAUCAAUGAUAAAGGCUUUAUCAUGAAGCAUCCACAUUUUGCUAUGCCGCAAAAUCAGUUCAUAUGAUUGUGUUCCUAUA